GUCGGUGAAUUCUUUACCGCAUCCCUUGUGGACGCACUUGGAUGCCAUCUUGUCCGUCUAUGUUCUCAAUAAUAGCAAGAGAGAGACAACGAAAGAAAAUAUACCACAGAUGUCGGAGUUUUUGGCAGAAAGUCGUGGAAGCCAACGGUCGCAGAAAUCCCACUCUUCUGCUGCUCGUCGGACCGCCAUACGACUCAGUCCCAAACGGGCUUAGCCUAAGAGCUCGAAGGUUCCAUCGUAGCUGUUGUUGUUCUCCGACUUCUCCUUCAUCGGAUCAGAUCUACACAAUUGCUCCAGUCCAAGAUCGAAUCGCUCAAUCUUAUAUCAGUGACCAUGUUUCCCACAAGAGCUCUCUUCUCUCAAGCAGUUCGAGUAACUCUCUUCACCCGUGCCGGUUGCGGGCUGUGCGACACCGCAAAACACGCCGUGACCCAAGUGCAUAAGCGCAAACCAUUCGACUACUCCGAGCUGGACAUUAUGGUUCCUGACAACAAGCCCUGGAGAGAUGUCUACGAGUUCGAUGUUCCGGUUCUUCAUGUUCAAUCCAUCCAAGACCAGGCCAAGCAGGCACUUUCCGAUCCGAAGAAGCUUUUCCACCGAUGGACCGAACAAGAAGUCGAGAACUUGGUCGACGAAGCUGAGAAGCAGCAGAAAUAAGAAGCUAUACAUGGAUAAUCGUAUUAUUCAUUUCAAACGCUAUAAAGCUAUAUUUACACUGGAUGGUUAGUAGGUUGGGACCGCGGCGUCUGUCUUGGACCCCUUGGCGGUUUCUAGUGCCUCGGAGAGGAAUGUGGGAAGAGCGACAGCGUCAGCAACAACAGAGAUCUACAAGCAACCGAAUAUUAGCAGUUUUCAAGGCAGACUUCUUCAACACGUUACAUACCAUGUGGAAACCCUGGUCUGCGUACUUCUUUGCAGCUGCACCGCCCACGCAGUAAAUACCUGAUCGCUUGCCAUUGUCGAC